CCAAGCGCAAAGAUGAAACCUCCUGAAAUGAAUUUACAAUAAAAAUGCCCUCAUUGUCAUGUCAUUCAGCUGAGCCUCCAUCCCUCGCUAGCAGAGUAGUAGAGCAGAAACAAAAGAGAGCAAGGAAGGACGUUCCACAUUCAAGCUAUUAUGCGCUGGAGUUGGUUCACCGAUCAUUUCUUUAAUAAAAGAAAGCAAAGAGAGAGAGCGUUUUAUGAGAAUGGAAGGCUGUUACUUGAGAAGCUGAUUGCCUCUUGCAAUGCCAAGCCUAUUCCCAUCCGUACCUUCUCCCCUCAACAGCUCCGCCAAGCAACCAACAACUUUUCUUCUGAACAGCUGGUAACGGGGUUCUCUUUUCGGUACAAGGGUUCUCUUGAAGGACGAAUUGUUCUCAUUAAGGGUUCUUUUGUUCGCAAUGCCAAGCCUAUUCCCAUCCGUACUUUCUCCCCUCAACAACCCCGCCAAGCAACCAACAAUUAUCCUGCUCAACAUCUGGGAAUUUAUUGGUACAAGGGUUCUCUUGAAGGACGAAUUUUUCUCAUUAAGCGUUUAGAUCAAUUUUCCGAUUUAGCCAUCAAUGAUUUAGUGAUUUCUGCAAAAAUGAGUGGUCACAGCAAUGUUUUAAAGCCCAUAGGCUGUUGUCUCCACACUCCAUCUCCCAUUGCAGUGUUUGAAUAUGCCGCCAAUGGUAUCCUUGCAGAUCGAAUUUAUGUCUCCCACCGACGUCAGCCGAUGGUGUGGGAGAGAAGGUUAAAGAUUGCAAGGCAGAUUGCUCAUGCUCUUUCUUAUCUCCAUACUGCCUUCCCAAGACCUGUCAUCCACAUGGCUAUAGAUAUGGGCCAUAUCUUAUUAGAUGAACAUGAUGUUCCCAAAUUGUCCGGCUUUUUAUUUUCUGUAUCAAUUCCCGAAGGUGAAGCUGACGUGGAAGGUUUUAGUGGCUUUCGAUAUAUAGCUUCCAGCGCCCCCGAGUUUAAAGCAACAGGCAAGGUAACUGAGAAAGCUGAUGUAUAUGCUUUUGGUCGGAUUCUUCUAGAACUUUUAUCUGGAGAGGAUUCUUUUCAAAUAUCCCGAUUGACAAUUGAUAAAGAUUCUACUUUAGUAGCAUACAUACGUAACCGUGCCCAAGGUAGUUGCAUAAACGAGAUUGUGGAUCCUGCAAUCUUGGCUGAAGAUGGGGAAGGAGGUGUUAGUUUACUACGGCAGUUACAAGCUGUGGUGGACCUUGCCUUGACAUGUACAGAGGAAGAUCCACAAAGAAGGCCAACUAUGGUUGAUGUCACCAAACAACUCAGACGGAUUGAGAGAGUCACACAGGAAGGUGAGGCGCUUUUGGGAAGUUUGCAGAAUUUAAAGCUUCAUGAGCGUUUUGAAAUAUUAUUAUGGAAGAUUGCAAAUGACAUCUUACCAACAGAAGCUCGAAUGAAGCUAGAAGGUAAGAGGGAAACUACUUGCUGUCCUUUGUGUGAAACUGAAGAAGAAACAUGCCUGCACUUGUUCAAAAACUGUUCUGUAGCAAAAGCAGCUUGGUUUAGCUCAAACUGGGGAUUCUUUAUUGAAUCUUUGAAUGCUAAUAACAGCUUUGAUCUCAUUAAGAGUAUAGUCAGUCCUCCAGCUCAUGUGUUACAAGAGCAGGUCACCAAGGAGCAGUUUGUUCUUAUAGCAGCAAAAAUUAUGGAUCACAUUUGGAGGUUGAGAAAUCAAGUUAUAUUUGAGAAUAAAAAAUUAAAUUUCCAAGCAAUUCCUUUCCAAAAUUUCGCAGAAAUUUGAAGUGCAUGAUUCUGCAUCAUUGAAAGGGAAGGCUUCUAAUGAUCAUUGAUGAAGGGCAAGUUGUGUAGUAAAAGUGGCCUCUGGAAGGCCUCCUGAAGCUUAAUUGUGAUGCAAUUGAGUGAUUACAGGGCUUCUAUACUGUUUAGUUGGCUUGUAAAUUUCAAUUACGAUGCAAGUAAAUGGAAUUUUAUUGAUAAAUUAUAACGUGUGGUAACAAUAAUAUUCUCAAUGUUGAAGACUUCAACUAGCUUAUUGAGUGAUUGCAGAUCUUCUAUACUGUUUAAUUGGCUUGUAAAUUUCAAUUUCGAUGCAAGUA